CUAAAGUUGCAUUAAAAUAUGCUCUUUGUAAAUACAAGUGGAGUUUGUAUAUAAAUUAUAGAAAUAAGUGAAUAAAAAUGAUAUCGGGAUAUGGUGCUGUAACACAGGCCCUUCUAGGGACCUUACUGACGUGGGGAUUGACCGCGGCUGGAGCCGGUUGUGUAUUCUUUAUACGAGGCAAACAUAGAAAAUUGUUAGAUGUAUCAUUGGGAUUUGCUGCUGGUGUCAUGACUGCGGCUUCUUAUUGGUCUCUAUUGAAACCAGCAAUAGAGAUGUGUGAAAAAUCUGAUUUAUAUGGCGCAAAUGGUCAAUUUGCAUUUGUGCCUAUAGCUGCAGGAUUCCUAUUUGGAGCAGUUUUUGUGUUUGGAACAGACAGGUUCUUGGACUAUCUAGGAAUCAACUCCACUAACAUGAUGAUGAGUAUAACAAAAACCAAAGAAUCGAAGGAGAAGAUGGAGGAUUUGGAGAUGAUGACAGCGCUGAACAGGCGGCCGUCGACAAGCGUGGUAACGGUCGAUCAGCCACCAGCCACAGACUUCGCAGACUGCAUCAGUAAUCAACAUACCGCGCAACGGCGGAGAGGGCACCAUAAUUCGCAAAUCUCUUUGAAGCAGAACGGUGAACUUGACCACAGAGACAGCAUAGCGAAAGCAUUGGAAGCGCGACAGUCGCAAUGGAAGCGUAUCAUGCUGCUGGUGGUAGCGAUCACAGUGCACAACAUCCCCGAGGGCCUCGCCGUGGGUGUUUCCUUCGGUGCCUCCUCCAAGAACGAUGCUGCCAGCUUCAACAGCGCCAGAAACCUGGCUCUGGGCAUUGGUAUCCAGAAUUUCCCCGAAGGUUUAGCUGUCAGUCUGCCUCUGCAGGCUGCCGGCUUCUCCGUGUGGAGGGCUUUCUGGUACGGUCAACUGUCAGGCAUGGUAGAGCCAGUAUUUGGUGUGCUGGGUGCGGUUGCUGUAGCAGCGGCGGAACCCGCCCUGCCAUACGCACUAGCGUUCGCUGCCGGCGCUAUGAUAUACGUAGUUGCUGAUGACAUUAUACCAGAGGCUAACGCGUCCGGUAACGGCAAGUUGGCGACGUGGGGUUGCAUCAUCGGGUUCACGGUAAUGAUGUGCCUGGACGUCGGGCUAGGAUAACAUCCCAAUGGGUGUUUUACCACGCCGUAUGCGGCCUAACGUUAACGCCUUCCCACUACCACCUAUUACUCCAUAUCAGCACGCUCUCACCAACUUACAGCGAAUAUCAGGCCAACACCAGCAUAUCAUGUGCGUUAAUCAAAUGUACAAAGUGAUUUUGAUUUGAGAACAGACAUUUUCGUGACAGUACAGUGCACGACGCUCGCAUUAUGGGCGCCACCUUCAUUCGUUGGAAGAACGCAUGAUAAGUAAGCAUUAUUGUGGGGUAGGCCUAAACUUAAACAGAUUUCAAUCACUCGAUAAAAUUUACUUAUCUGAAAGAUCAUUAUUCUAAAAGAUUGAAAAGAAAAUAUCAUAUUUCAAUCAAAGAAAAUAUAGACUGUGGCACAAUUUACAAAAUGGCGACACGAUUUUUUUUUUAAUUUUUUCAGGUGAUUGAAAAUACAUUCCUUAAUUACAAAUCCAAUAGUUUUACAUAUCUAACAAAAGUUUUAUAACGCCAGCGAAGACUAGUAUGGUCCACAUUUAUAGAGCAUUUAUGGAGGUUGCGAAUUCUCAAGUAGCAAGUCAUACUGUCUUAAUAGAUGCAAGCGUAUUCACUAGAUGAAAAUUGUGAAAGUCCUGUUAUGUAAAGGUAAUAACAGUUGCAAUUAUCUUGAGAAAUAGAGGUCGCUAACUAUAAUGUAUAUACUGUCGGUGCUGCUAUUAUUAUAUUAAUCUUAUAACACGUAUUAUAAGAAAUAUAUAUUAGAAUUGUGAUAGAUUAUAAUUAUUUGUAUAGACAAUACAUCGACAGUUUAUAAGCACUUUAAUACGCUUAAUGUUUAAUUUACCAAAAAGGGAAUAUUGAAGGUUGUAAUGCACCAAAAACCUGGUAAGUUGUCAUUUAAUUCUACUAUAUUACUUGCAGAUGUAAUCGUUUUAUAUUUCUUGUUACUUAUUAUUUAAAUACAUACAUAAGUACUAAUUACAGGUACAAAGUACUACUAUUCCAGCGUUAAAAGCUAUUUUAGACAAUGUUAAUACAUUAAUGCACAAUACUCUGUAAGUGUUAAUCAAAGAAAAAAAAAUGCAAGUUUUUCCAAUAAAGGAUUGUGGGAAGAUGCGUUAACAAUGUUAAGUACUUCCAAGUAAAAGACUAAGCGACGAUAUGUGAUGAUUAUUUAAGUUUAAUCGAGUGUUUUUUAUCCUGACUUAUGCUAAUAAUAAACUGUAAUUAAUUCUUGUAAAUACAAUCUUUGCGUGUAAAGACUACGUUUUAUUUUAAAGUACAACCAAACGAAUGGACACCACUCGUGCAAUAAUAAUUUGGGAACAACAAGCAGUGAGGUUAUCUCCACAAAUUGCAAAUUAAAUUUUUGUUAUCGAAGCAGUAGAUUAAUAAUUUUAUUGGGAUAAGUUUAAGGAUUGUACGACCGGGUUUUUAGUUCAUGUUAUUUUCAUUUUAAAAUGAUUAAGUAUGAAAAUACUAACAUUAAAUUUAACUAAAUGUGACCUUAUUACUUUAAGGUGACUAAGAAAUAUUCUUACAAAUGGGUUAGGAAUCUAACUGUUUGAUUGUAUCUAUUUAGAGACGAAAAGUAGAAGAAACUACGAACCAAUCGAUUAUAAAAUGAAUUACACAUGUUUCAUUGAAAUCAUAAAAUAAGUUUUCUUAUAAAUUUGUGUAUUUAUAUCCCAAAUGGUGUAAUAGUUAAAUAUCAAAUAUUUUAUUAGACUUGCGAGACCUCAAAAAAACCCAGUUGAAUGGCGUUAUGAUAAAUUAAAACACAACAUUCGUUGUAAUUUUAACUUUUAUUUUUUAACAGUUACGUUUAAUUUUUUUAAGCAAAUUAAGUGUGCAAUAAUUAAUUGUUUCACAGCUUGUUGUUCAUUAAUCUUUAUUUCGUACUCCUUCUUAGUUUAAAAAAAAACUAUAACAUUAAAAUUAACCUCCCGAAGCCUUUUACUGAUCUGAUCUUUAAUCACUGAUCAAACUGUGAGACUAUAAUUUUUCAUUGAUUUAUUUUGAUAAACUAGUCUGAAAAACCAAUCUUGAAAUUUCAUACAUUUUGAUAUCUUCAGUCAAACAAAAUCUUGUUUGAUUAUCAUUGUAGUCAUCAAAAGGAAUAUCAUUUAGUGUUAUCUUAGUCCAUCUUAUGAUAAAAU